AUGAGCUCUCUCCGCAUCGCCCGAGCUGCCAUCCGCGCGAGGCCCGCUGCCAUUGCCCGCCCCAUCCAGCGCAGAGGGUACGCCGAAGUCGCCAAUGACAAGAUCAAGCUCUCCCUAGCUCUCCCGCAUCAGGUCAACCUCCCCGCGGAGACCGGUGACAUGGGUGUUCUGGCCAACCACGUUGCCUCCAUCGAGCAGCUGAAGCCCGGCCUAGUCGAGAUCAUCGAGGAGCAGGGUGGCAGCAAGCAAUUCUUCCUGUCUGGUGGAUUUGCUGUUGUGCAGCCCAACUCCGUCCUCAGCAUCAACGCCGUCGAGGGCUACCCAUUGGAGGACUUCAGCGCCGAGGCUGUCAGGAACCAGAUCGGCGAGGCACAGAAGAUUGCCAGCGGAAACGGCAGUGAGGCUGACAUUGCUGAGGCCAAGAUCGAGCUCGAGGUCCUCGAGAGCCUGCAGGCUGCAUUGAAGUAA